AUGGGGCCCGGUGCACGCCACGCCACUGGAGGCCAUGGAGAAGGGGCCCAGGAGAAGCUCGUCUACGUCACCUGCGUCUACAACGGUUUCUCCUGCCACGGCGAUCCAUCAGCCAAGCGCCGCUUCCUGAUCCUGCCUUCGUUGCUGUCAGGUCGUGUGUAUGUCGUUGACACAGCGACAGACCCAAGGGCGCCAUCCUUGCAUAAGGUGGUUGAGUCUGAGGACAUUGCUGAGAAGACUGGGCUUGGGUUUCCUCACACGUCUCAUUGCCUUGCAUCUGGCGACAUUAUGAUUUCUUGCCUUGGGGACAAGGAGGGGAAUGCAGCUGGCAAUGGCUUCCUGCUGUUGGAUUCAGAGUUUAAUGUCAAAGGGCAUUGGGAAAAGCCAGGUCAUAGUCCAUUGUUUGGAUAUGACUUCUGGUACCAGCCUCGCCACAAGACGAUGAUCAGUUCAUCAUGGGGAGCCCCUGCAGCGUUCAGGACAGGUUUCAAUCUUCAGCAUGUCCAGGAUGGCCUGUACGGAAGGCACCUGCAUGUGUACGACUGGCCUGGUGGUGAGCUCAAGCAGACACUUAAUCUAGGUGACACUGGACUUCUUCCCCUUGAGGUGAGGUUUUUACAUGAUCCAUCAAAGGACACUGGCUAUGUUGGCUGUGCUUUGACAAGCAACAUGGUGAGAUUUUUCAAGACCACGGAUGGAUCGUGGAGCCAUGAGGUUGCUAUCUCUGUGAAAACAUUGAAGGUCCGCAACUGGAUUCUGCCGGAAAUGCCAGGAUUGAUAACUGAUUUCGUUAUCUCUCUUGACGACCGUUAUCUCUACUUGGUAAAUUGGCUUCAUGGCGAUAUCAGGCAGUACAACAUUGAGGAUCCUGCAAAGCCUUUCUUGGCUGGACAAGUAUGGGUUGGUGGUCUUCUUCAAAAGGGCAGUGAUGUCGUCUAUGUUACUGACGAUGGUCAAGAAGAACAGUAUAAUGUGCCUCAAGUCAAGUUCUUUGGUGAUGAUCUUGUCAAGAAGGGCUCCCACAUGUUGCAGAUCGAUGUCGACACCGAGAAAGGAGGGCUGGCUAUCAACCCCAACUUCUUUGUAGAUUUUGGCACCGAGCCUGAUGGUCCUGCCCUGGCCCAUGAGAUGAGAUAUCCUGGUGGGGACUGCACCUCUGAUAUAUGGAUCUGA